GAAAAGGCCAUGUCCAGUUAGGCAGGUGUGAGUGGAAGGACCAGGAAAAGACACAGAAAACCGGUGCCUAUACAACUUGGAUGCCUGAGACCAGGAGUAGUGUACAGGAGGUCCUGACAUGAAGACUUCUGGGAGUCAGAGCAGACAUUGUGGCCUUGGUGUGGCACAGUAGACCCAGGACAGAUGAGCGGUGAUGUUUGCAUCUACUCCUGGCCCUGCUCCUACUACUUGGAUCUUGAGAAGCGAUGGGUCCCUGGGAAACUGUCCUUGCUGCCUUGCUCACUCAAGUUCACAACAGACAGAGCUGGAGAGGUUCUCGUGGGCUUGCCCCUUUCCAGCAUUGUUGAGAUCAGGAAGGAAGCAUCACACUUUAUCUUCAGUGCCAUCACUGUCCUGGAGAAGGGCCACCUCAAGCACUGGUUUGGCUCCUUGCGUCCCAGCCGCAAUGCUGUCUUCAACAUCAUCGAGCACUUCUGGAGGGAACUGCUCUUGUCCCCGCCAGGUGCUGCUGCUGAGGUGACGCCUUCCCCCACAACCAGGGGGCAGGAGUUGACAGGACUGAUGGCAAGUUCCCAGAGGCGUCUGGAAGAUACAGCAAAGGUCCUUCACCACCAGGGUGAGCAACUGGAUAGUGUCAUGAAGGACCUGGAGAAGAUGGACUCAGACCUGGAUGUGGCCGAUAGAUUGCUGACAGAACUGGAAUCGCCUUCAUGGUGGCCUUUCAGCUCCAAGCUUUGGAAGACACCAGUAGAAGUAAAGCCCAGGGAAAGCACCUCCAUGGCUGGUUCUGAGCCAUUUGGAAAGGAGGGGGUCGUGGCCAAAAUCCCUGCUAUUAUUUCCCAAAGAACAGAGUUCCAUGUUAAGCCAGGAAGGCUCACCAUCCUGGUUUCUGGGUUGGAAAUCCAUGACUCCAGCUCUUUGCUCCUACACAGGUUUGAGAGGGAAGACCUAGAUGACAUUAAGGUGCACUCGCCUUAUGAAAUCAGCAUUCGCCAGCGGUUUAUUGGCAGACCAGAUGUGGCCUAUCGAGUGAUAUCUGCCAAGAUGCCAGAGGUCAUUCCCCUUUUAGAAGUACAGUUCAACAAGAAGAUUGAGCUGCUGCAAGAGGCCUCUGUGCUCAGGAGCACAGGGGCUUCUUCCUCCACAGAGAGGAGCUGGUCCUUCUGGCAUGCAGCACCCAGGCUGAGGGGCUGUACCACACAGCGGGAGCUGCCUGCAGGAGGCCAGGAAGGCGGGCAACUGCAGCUGCAGAGGGAUCAGCCACUUCUCUCUGAGAGGGAAACCCAGGAGUUGACACAGAUCCUGACAAAGCUGAAGGGGCUGGCGCUGGACACUGAGACGGAGCUAGAGCGGCAGGAUGAGGCCCUGGGUGGCAUCACAGCAGCCGUGGACCGUGCGACCCUGACCGUGGACAAGCAUAACCGACGCAUGAAGAGGCUGACCUAGGAGGAGACACACUGCACCUCCAGCAGGCACUAAGGCAAUACCCAAGUCCUCCUGAAGAAACGCGACUGCACAUUCCUGCUCUUCCAUCACAGCGUCACGGGCACGCUCUGGGAGUGACACGCUCUAGAACUGCAGCCACAGACUCACCACCACAUCCUGCUCUGGCUUCCUCUGGUGGACAGCUCUUGUCGCUCCCUGUGCGUUAUGAAGUCCAAUACACCUCCAGAGCACUCAGCAAACACUUGCCUGGCCUUUGCCCCCGAGAGAAAAGUGACAGCACCCUUAACAAAAAGUACAGAGUUCUGUCUUCUGGACAGACCCAAGGUCUCUCCAGUAAUAGGAAAAAAGUGAUAAUUUUUUGCGGUGGGGUGGUGGUAUUUGUUUUGUGGUGCUGGGGAUUGAACCCAGGGCCUUGUGCAUGAAAGGCAAGCACUCUACCAACUGAGCUAGAUCCCCAGCCCAGAAAUGCUAGUUUUAAAUUAGGUUUUACAGCUGCAUCCUACUCUUGGCCUUCAUGUUUUAUGUUUUAGGACACUCACACCUCUCCCAAGGGGCCCCUGGGAGAGAGAAAGAUGGUCCUUUCAUAAGCCACAUCACAGCAGGCCACUGUCACCCAUCUGCAUUUAAUGUACACAUAAUGACUGCAUGUUUGUGGGUGUUAUGGUUUGGACUGGAAUGUCCCUUAAACACUCCUGUAUGGAUGGUCCCCAAUGCUUCAGUGUUCAAAAGUGGGGCCUUUUGGGAAGUGAACCCAUCAUGAGGGCUCUGACCUUACCAGUGGAUUAAUCGAUGGAGAAAUUCCAAUCGAGUAGAGUGUCGGGAGGUGUGGAGCUGUAGGAGGUGGCCCUAGUUGGGGGGAGUGGGUCCCUGGGUAUGUGCCCUGGAAUGGUGCAUCUUGACCUCAGCACCACACCCCUCUUCCUGCUGCCUCACAUCGUCCUGGCAAUAAUGAGCUGAGCAGCUCCUUCCCUCCACUUCUGUUAAUCAAAUGCUGGUAUUGUGGAAGGAGAGCUCUGUGCACUUUUGACAAAAAAGGGACAGGCAGUGUGCACCUGCCCCAAGACCUACAUCUUCUAGAGUCUUCCUUAGAGCCUCUCUGUAAGUUUGUUAGAUCUGAUCAACAUAGGAAGAGCCAGCCUGAAGAGCAGGUCUAGGGCUACAACAGUGUAAAAUGCAGACAUUUGGAGACUAUGGUGUUAGGCUCAAACUGACCCCUUUUUCUCAUGUCGCAUAGACUGUUUCCUAUAUGAGGUAUUACCACCUGUUUUCCCCAUUAGUUCAUCCCUGAAAGGACACUGCCUGACAGGAAACUUUUUGGUCCUAGGUAGACAAGGAGAAGCCAGCUCCAGAGCUUGGAGUUGCAGGUGAGAAGACCACUAGUAGGGCAGUGCUGGGGAUGCUGCCAGGCAUGACAGUUACUCAUGGAGAAGACGCUCUUGCCAGGCACCCCACAUGAGCAGCAUGUACAGCUCACUGUCAGCAACCCAGAGCGUGUGGUCUGCAGUUAGAGAACACGUUGGCAGUGAGUCCCAGCCCCACUUAACUUCCUCUGAAACAAGAGCAAAGAACUCAUCUCUGCUGGCAUCCCACCACCUAGGGAUGCACAUCUGUCCCAUGUCUCUGGCUUGGAUGGCUCCCCAUCCAUUUACCAGGACCCGGAUCAGAGUGACACAUAGGGUAUCCUACAUCCCUUGACACCUCCCUGAUGCAGGACCUCAUGCUAUGAGUGGCGGGUAUCCUCAGUAUCACUGGGAUGAAGUCUCCCCUGUGUGCUUACUGCACAGAACCUCAUGCUGUGGUGUAGGGUCUCUCAUGUCCAUUCACUGCCACAGAAUGUCACACUCUGGGUUGUGGUCUCCUGAGUCUGCUGUUAGUAAGGAUUUGCAGGGUUUGUUCUCCUUGGGGCAAAACCCUUUCAUCCAUGAACCUGUGGAACCUGACUUGUAGAAACAUGUCUGCUACCAAAAUCCAGUGGUGGAAUUGGCAUAUGACUGCAAUGAUGAGAGGAAAAAAUAGAAAUUAGAAAGGAGCCACUGGGCUUUCCCUUUGCAAUCAUGCAUUGAGGACCUUGGCGUUAUCCCUCUGCCUAACAAGAAAUAAAAGUUUGAACAGUUUUUCCUAGAUCUCUCAGGGAAAUGAGGUCACAGGGCUAACACUGCCGCCAUGAUUGCUGGCAACAGAUAGCAAAGACAGAUUCCCUCUUCCUGGAGCAGAAACUCAUGUCAGAAUUUUCUCUGGAGGCCAAAUUGGGGUAGGAAAAUCUGCACCAUAAAUGACAAAUUGUUGGAGCCUCAUUGUACUCAAUCCUGAAAGAUAAAAUCGCAGGAGACAUGGUAAGAGGGGAGACCAUGGCCUUUUGUGAGUUCACCUUUAGCAGCUCAAUCAUGUUCUCACAGUAAAUGUUGGAGAAAGAUCCCUUUGGGGCUUCCCCAGGGAAAAUAUUAAGUAACCAUUUUUGAAGUAUACAAGAGCAUUCUAUUCUUGAGCUCUGACCUCAAGAGAAACCAUUCUACAAAGGCCUGGCUGACCUGGGGAAGGGGAAGUAUCCAACUGCAGGUCCUUCCAACCAUUCUAUCUUACCUGAGAGGUUGUUGGGGGGCAGGGUCUGUGCUGAGAAGCAAUCAAUUGUGAAGUCCAUGAACCAGGGACAUUGACUUACCAAGACUUAAUCAUUAUAGAAUAGUUCCCUCCCCCACAUCUUACACCACAUUACCAAAAUCCUGUGUGCAGCAGUUGCUUUUACCUAGCACAUAAUGUCCCUCCAACAACAACAACAACAAAAAAAACUACAUACUAAAAGAAGUACAUUCAUGUGCAUGUAUGAAUAUGGAAUAAUGAAUCCCACCAUCAUGUAUAAUUAUAAUACACCAAUAAAAAAAGAAAAGACUGAAGACAGAACUAGCAUCAGAACCGAGUUGGAUAAUAGGAAUUUUGAAAUUAUCAGACCAAGAUCUUUCCAAAAAUACUAUGAUAGCUAUGCUAAGGGUGUCCUCCAAAAGCUCACAUGUGAGACAAUGCAAGAAAGUUCAGAGGAGAAAUGAUUGGGUUGUAAGAGUUUUAACCCAAUCAGUGAUUUAAUCCCAUGAUAGGGGUGUAGCUGGAGGAGGUGGGAAUGGGGCAUGGCUGUGGGUAUGCAUCUGUAUUUGGGGUGUGCAGUCUCUCUGCUUCUUGAUCACCAUGACGUAAGCUGCUUUCCUCCACCACCCUCUCCUGCCAUGAUGUUCUGCCUCACCUCGAGCCCAAGGAAUGAAGCUGGACUUCUCUGGACUAAGACUCCUGAAAUUGUGAGCCCUCCCCUACAGUUGUGUUGGUCAGAUCCUUUAGUUACAGCAGCCAAAAAGCUGACAAAGACACACAGAAAGUGCACAGCGUGUAAAAACACAGAUGAUAUAAGCAGGAGGAUGAAUAUUCUAAGAGUGAAAAGGGUGCCAGAAAUCAAAGACUUUUAACAGAAAUCAAGAUGCUUUUGAUGGGCUCAUCAGUAGACUGGAAAGAGUCUGUGAGCUUGAGGACAUGAGAAUAGGAACUUCCAUAAUAAAAGGCAAAGAGAAAACUCUGAAGGAAAAAAAGGAGACAGAAAUGGAAUACCCAGACUUGUGGGACAAUUACAAAAUUAUAACAUGCACAUAUGAGAAUAUUAAAAGGAGAAUAAAGAAAGGAAUAGAAAGUAUUUUGAAGUGGUAAUAACUGAGAAUUUCCCCCCAGUUAAUGUCAAGACACAAAGAUAGAUAGAUCCAGGAGGUUCAGAGAACAGCAAGCAGGAGAAGUACCAAAUGACUACACCUAUACCUAGUAUAUUCAAAAAUAAAACAAGGGAAAUCAAAUAUUUUUUAAAAAUCUCAAAAGAAGCCAGAGGGUGGGAACCACUCGAUAGUUACAGAGUAGCUAACAUCUGAUUUUUCCUCCCAAACCACGCCAGCAGGAAGAGAAUGGAGCAAAAUACUUAAAGUGGAAAAUCCACCAAUUUUUAUUCUGUGAAAUUAUCUUUCAAACGUAAAUAAAGACAUCCACAGACAAGUAACUUGAGAGUAUGUUGUCAGUAGACUUACCUUGAUAGGAUUCUUAAAAGCUGUUCAAAUUGCUGGGUGAGGUAGUGCAUGCCCAUAAUCCCAGCAGCUUGGGAAGCUGAGGCAGGAGGAGUGCAAGUUCAAAGCCAAACUCAGCAACUUAGUGAGGCCCUAAGUAACUUAUGAUUAUUUUGAGACCCUGUCUCAAAAUAAAAAGGGCUGGGGAGGUAGCUCAGUGGUGAAGUACCCUGGGUUUAAUCCCUGUUACAACAAUAAAAUCAACAAAAAGAACUUCUCUUUAGAUAGAGUAUCAUCAAAGCCCAUGAUCCAUGAAAGAAUGAGUUGACAAUCUGCCCUGCAAUUGACACUUGAGACAAAGAUGACAAGCCACAGAUUGGGAGAAAGUCUUUGCAAACAACAUGUCUGAUAAAGAACUAUUAUCCAUAUUACACAAAGAAUUCUUAAAGCUCAUUAGAAUGAAAAAUGUAAUUAAAAAUGUGUAUUAACAUACAUCAUUAAAGAAGAUAUACAGAUGGCAAAUAA